UGCUGGGCUGAAUGCAAGUAGCGGGAGCCAUGGUCGGGGCGCUCUGGGUGACCGGGGCAGCUGCCCUGUGGGCUGCUCUCUGCGGCCGGGCACUGGCCCUGGAGGGAGGGAUGCUCUACCCCCAGGAGACCCCGAGCCGGGAGCGCAAGGACCUCAACGGCCUCUGGGACUUCCGAGCUGACUUCUCUGAGGACAGGAACCAGGGCUUUCGGGAGCGGUGGUAUCAGAGACCCCUGCGGGAGUCGGGCCCUGUGCUAGACAUGCCCGUCCCCUCCAGCUUUAACGAUGUGGGCCAGGACCGCAAGCUUUACAGCUUCAUUGGCUGGGUGUGGUAUGAGCGGCAAGUGUUGGUGCCCCGGAGCUGGACCCAGGACCCAGGCACCAGGGUGAUGCUAAGAAUUAGCAGUGCCCACUACUAUGCCAUUGUGUGGGUGAACGGGGUCCACGUGACUGAGCACGAGGGUGGCCACCUCCCCUUUGAAGCCGACAUCAGCAAGCUGGUCCAGUUCAGUCCUGGGGAGCUCAAUCGCAUCACCAUUGCCAUCAACAACACCCUCACGCCCCACACGCUGCCACCGGGCAUCAUUGAGCACAUGACCGACAGCUCCCGGUAUCCCAAGUAUUAUUUUGUUCAGAAAACAAAUUUUGACUUCUUCAACUAUGCUGGGCUGCACCGCUCUGUCUUCCUCUACACCACCCCUGUCUCCUACAUCGAUGACGUCACGGUCACCACCGACGUAGACCAGGGCACAGGGCUGGUGAACUACGAGAUCGUGGUAAAAAGCAAUGAGAACUUUGAGCUAGAGCUUCUUCUCUGGGACAAGGAAGGGAGAGUGGUGGCCAAGGGAAUGGGGGCCCGGGGCCAGCUAGCAGUGCCCAGCGCCCAGCUCUGGUGGCCUUAUCUGAUGCAUGAGCAGCCUGCCUACCUGUACACGCUCGAGGUGACCCUCGUGGUACAGACAGGAGCCGGCAUUGUGUCUGACGUCUACACCCUUCCCGUGGGCAUCCGCACCGUGGAGGUCGUACACAACCAGUUUCUCAUCAACGGAAAACCCUUCUAUUUCCAUGGGGUCAACAAGCAUGAAGACGCUGAUAUCCGUGGGAAGGGAUUCGACUGGGCUCUGGUGAUGAAGGAUUUCAACCUGCUCCGGUGGCUGGGCGCCAACUCUUUCCGCACCAGCCACUACCCCUACGCCGAGGAGGUGAUGCAGCUCUGUGACCGAUACGGGAUCGUGGUCAUUGACGAGUGUCCGGGCGUGGGCAUCGUGCUGCCGGAGAGCUUUAAGAACAUCUCUCUGCAACACCACCUGGAGGUGAUGGAGGAGCUGGUCCGGAGAGACAAGAAUCACCCAUCCGUGGUCAUGUGGUCUGUGGCCAACGAACCUGUCUCCUGGCUGGCGCCUGCUGCCUACUAUUUCAAGACCGUGAUAGGCCACACCAAAGCCCUGGACCCCACGCGACCUGUGACUUUUGUGUCCAAUUCUAGGCCUGAAGUGGAUCGUGGGGCACCAUAUGUGGAUGUGAUCUGUAUAAACAACUACUAUUCCUGGUACCAUGAUUAUGGGCACCUCGAGGUGAUUCAACUGCAGGUCAACGCUGCAUUUGAGAACUGGUAUAAAUUAUACCAGAAGCCGAUUAUCCAAAGUGAAUAUGGAGCAGACAACAUUCCUGGGUUUCACCAGGACCCUCCUCUGAUGUUUAGUGAAGAAUACCAGAAAUUUGUGCUGCAGCAGUAUCAUUUUGCUCUGGAUCAAAAACGCAAAGACUACGUGAUUGGAGAGCUUAUUUGGAAUUUUGCCGACUUCAUGACGGACCAAUCACCAAGGAGAGUUAUCGGGAAUAAGAAAGGAAUCUUCACCCGACAGCGACAACCCAAAGGUUCAGCAUUCCUUCUGAGAGAACGAUACUGGAAAAUCGCCAAUGAAACCAUUACGUUUUCCUCCACCCUGGACACCACCAGACUGGCCAUGAUGAAAUAAAUGAGAAUUUAAAAAUAACACAUAGGAGACAAUGGUUUUCCUUCUUCACAACUAUGACUGACCUUCAUGAGAACCAACACCCUAAAUGAUACAAUGUGAAGGGGACACUGACUUCACAUUGUCUUUACUGAGGUUCAUAGCCUCAGUUUUUUUAUAGAAUUCAUUAGACUCAUUCACAUGAUUCUUCCCCUCUUCCCUUUCUGCCCUCUUAGAAGCCAACAAUAAAAAAAGUUUUUGACUAUACAUCACUCUUCUUCACAACCUUGUGAUAGAGGUAGUGCAAUUAUCCUUAUCUUCUUUUCACAGAUUAGAAAAAUGAGGUUUGGGAAGGUGAUGGUGACUUCCCCAAUUAUAGAACCAUAUAUUAAGAACUGGAAGGCCAUAUAGUCCAAUCUCAUUUUGCAAAUGAGGAAACUGAGGCCCAGAGAGGGUAAAUGACUUGCCUAGCAAGUGUCUGUGAGGUAGGAUGUGAACUCAGGUUUUUCCAACUCUGAAUUCCACACUCUUAUCUGUUCCAACAGCCAUCUACAUGCCUUUUGAGUCCUGGAUGCCUCUUCAUUGGUCUCUUGAAGUAAUUGUUCAUAAAAGAGGCCCUUUUAUCUAAGAAGCCUCUAUCACUUCGACCACCACUGCUCUAUUUAGUGCUGGGGGGAAGGAAAUAAGAAGAUAAGCUUAAGGCUCUAGUCUGCUAGUCCAAGAUGACUAACUCUGUCUAUGGAACACAGAAUUUGAAAAGGGGCUACUCUCACAAA